AUGAGUGCCUCCGGCCAGCAUGGGAGGCCGGACGGCGAGAUGUUCCUCAAUCGCCCCAGUGACCGCGACUCCCCCACCAUCGUUGAGCCCUUGCGCAUUAAUAAAAGAACUUCCAGCGCGUCCUCGGGCGUACCCUCAAUCACUGGCAAGCAAAGCCCUGCUCCUCAACAGCCUCCUCAGUCUACGACCGUUUAUCCUAUGCCUUCCCUCCCAUACCCGGACGAGCAGGCUCGCCAGCAGGCACAAGGCUCCCGAUCCAAUGGCUCCCCUGCGCCAUACCCAUAUCCGGAUGUGAGAAGAGUGACGUCCCCCGAACAAAGUGGCAUUGCCGGAAAUGGGACAAGGCAACAGGCAAAGAGGACGACUUCAGGAGAUGGGCGCACUGGACAAACACUUGCUGAACGCCGUGGGACGGUACCAAAGCCUUUACCAGAGUCUCCAGGCCCGGACGCUCCAGAUAAAGAAGGACUGUUCCAGCGCGCUCCCCAGCGCAGGGACCCUCCGAACACGGCUCCCCUCCCAAGCCAAAAUCACCAGUAUUGGCCUCCCCCUUCCGAAGCCUCGUCUGCGGCAGAUGCCUUGAGCAGAUUGAAGAUCAGGGACCCUUCCUCGAUCAACCGAAUAAGUUCCACUGCUUCAACAUCCACCACCAGAGCCCAGCGUGGAUCGCCUCCUCCACCAGAAACGCCUAUUGUUGCCCCGGGAGUCCGCCCUCAGACUGAUAUCGAGGCCCGCUACGCUGCUUCUGGCAUUGCAGGCACUGCAACAUUGAACAGCUUACAAGCCCAGAGCCUCGCUGCUCAGCAAAGAGCCUCUCAGUAUGGUGUGCAACCUCAGCCCGUUCAGGCACAGAGCAACGCUCCUCCACGGCGGCCUUGGACUCCCACCGAAGCACCAGGUAGUUCGCACCAUCCUGCUCCCACAGUGUAUCAGGGCAUGGAGGAAGCCCGUCCCUCGCCUCCGCCUGCCGCCGCGGUACCCGCAUCCCGCCCGGCAGGGGUACAGUCUCCAACUCGGGCCCAACACCCUGUCGAAAACGAGAUAUCCAGGUUACAGCCCCACGAGGAGCCACCGCCCGCAUACUCUCAAGUCCCUGGUGGCAGAGCAGUCGUCGGGAAUGAGAAACAGAGGAGAAGUAUGGUGGCCGCUGCGGCGGCGCCAGCAGCGGCUGGAGGGGUUGCACCGACAGCACCUCCGCAACCGACAAAUCUCAUGCAAGGAACACAGGUUCCCAACCAAAUGGACCAUCCUGCGUUCGCGAACGACCCUAGGAAUGCGUUCCAAAGCCCGCAGGCUCAUCCAAACAUGAACGGACAGAUGCAACAGGCACACCCGGUCAUGCCUCAGACGCCAGCCCAACUUCCUCCCGCUUCUCCACCACCGCUUCCAGAGGGAUGGAUAGCCCACUUGGAUCCUAAUUCGGGACAAUACUACUAUAUUCAUUUACCUACACAAUCUACGCAAUGGGAGUUCCCUAAAGGUCCAACGCCUCUCAACCUUAACGACACCCCAUUGUCGCCGGUGGCCAGUGUAUACCAGAACCCACUUGCCUCCCCUGGCUUGUCUUUCGCUUCCAAACCAUUGGCAUCGCCGGGUCUUCCCAUGACUCCCGGAUAUGACCAACAAAGUGUGAUGGGCUUGCCUGGUCCGGCAGCCUUCACCGGGCCGCCUCCUAGCGCUGGUGUGGACUUGUACAAGGUAGUGGCUACGAAUGGCGUGUACUUUGGUCCUUAUCUUCGCUACGUCAACAUGGAUAUAGAGCGGGGCAUUUGGUAUGGAUCUAUACUGCUGGUCACAGAUGCACCACAGCCACCAACAAUACACAUCCACCAGAGCGUUGACCUAUCUCCAAAUCCACGCCAAUUAAAAGCCAACAGUAUCUCAACUCACCAACGCUGGACAUUUUACAAGUACGAUAUUGACUUGCGGAUGGAAGAUGCUGGAGCUGCAAAGUGGACAUAUGCCAUCACUUCCCACCUUGGUUGCACGAGAUAUGAGUUUUUGGUGGCUGGAAAAUACGAGACAAAUUGGCGCUUCGUUUGCACUUCUGCGAAUGACUUUUCUCUCAACGUAAGCGCCAACGAGCGUGCCAGAUUGGGCGGGGUUGGUUUCAUGUGGAAAGACAUCAUGCAGAAGCACACCGAAUGCGGCGGAUUCCAUUGCCAACUUGGACUGGGCAGUCAAAUCAAUGCCGAUAGAUUGUGGAAAGAGAUCCCAUCGCUAAAGCAGUGGCUAUCGACCAGUGGAAAAGAAAAUCGAAAGAAUGCUGUCUGGACAGCAGCACACGAGGAGGACGUGACGCAUGCAUAUUUUCAUUAUUACACGAGUCAUUUUGAUCAACCAUAUUUGCGCGAGGCUUUUGCCCAGAUACCCCACAUUUUGACGAUUGAUGAUCAUGACAUAUUUGACGGUUUUGGUUCUUACCCCGAAUACAUGCAAUUCAGCAACAUGUUCAAGAACAUUGGACGGAUUGGCAUUGAGAUGUACCUUCUAUUCCAGCAUCACACAACACUAGAACUCCUUCGCAACGUGUCCGAUGACAGAGAUUUGUUUACCAUUACUGGAACCGGAUGGCAUUUCGUCAAAUAUCUCGGGCCGGCGGUCGCUGUUGUUGGGCCAGAUACACGGAGCGAAAGAACGCUCCACCAAGUCAUGGCAGGCCCAACCUACCAGGGGCUAUUUCCCAAAAUUGCGUUGCUCCCUUCGACCAUACAGCACUGUCUCUUGAUGAUCCCAGUGCCCUUGAUCUAUCCCAGGCUGGAUGCCGCAGAGUCGAUAGCGCAGACGGUGGCCACUGGGAAGAAAGCGGUGACGGGGGCCUACAACGUUCUUGGCAAAGUGACAAGCUCUGUUGCAGGCGUGGUUGGAGCCAAAGGUGCUGUUGGAUCGGGGUUUGACUCGGUGAAACGUGCCGUCGGCAAGUCCGGAUUAAUGGGAGGUAUUCUGAGUCCGUUCGGCGAUAUUGACGUUCUCGACGAGCUGAAGGACCAGUGGACCCACGAUUCAAAAGACCUGGAGCGAACGUACCUGAUUCGUACACUACAAGGAAUCUCGCAUCAGCGAUCUAUUCGCAUGACAUUUGUAUCGGGAGCAGUCAACACAUGUGGAGCGGGUCUUGUCCAUGACCCAUCCCAUCCAUCAGAUCACAAGACCAUGUAUCAAAUCAUUUCAUCGCCGGUGGUGAACACUCCGCCACAUGGCUAUGUCAUGAAAUUGCUCAACAAUAACAAAGCACUCUACAUCCCGGCGAAUGGACAGCGAUCAACACCGUCACAGCCAACCGACACGAAAGAAGACAUGAUGGAGAUCUUUACACACGACGUGACAGGGCAGCCCAUCAACAACCGAAAACUGAUGGCACGGAGAAACUACGUGGCGGUUGUGAUCUAUGACCCUGAAAUCGUCAAUGGCACUUAUGGCCAGACGGACAUGCAUCGAGGUUCAGGCAAGCUGAGCCUGGCAGCCGACUUUUUAGUUCAGGGAGAAGGCGCAUAUGGAAGUGUGGUCAAAUACGGGCCGGUGGUGGUGCCGGGCUUGGAGUAUGGGCAUUGA